GGCUGUAAAUAGGAACUUCUUGUGAAUUGGCUGUAAAUACAAGAGAUGUGACUGGCUUCAGUUCUUCGCAAGUUCUAGAAAAGAGGAGAGAUCCAUCAUGAGAGGACAAGAUAUUAUAAGGCUGUCAGCUGUUGCCUUUGUGGGUGUCCUUCUAUCACUCUUGAAUCAGGAAUGGAGACUGUACAAUGCUGAUGGUAGCUGGUUGCCAUUCUGGUGUAGAGGAAUUUUGCUGGUAUGCUGUGCCAUUUGUACCGUAGCUACUCUUCACAUCUCCAUCCUGCCUGCUUGCCGCUACACACCUGCUAGCAUCCUCAUCCUUCAGUAUCUGUUUGAUUGCUUCAUAUCUGGCCUUGGGGCUUACUUCUCCCGCAAGUUGGAAAGCCAGACCAAGAGAUGUCAGGAAGAGCAGGAGCAGUUCCUUCGGAGCCUCCUGGAAAAGCAAGCAGGUACGGCGUAUGGCAAGGACAAGCAGUUUGCCUCCUUGAAAACCAGCGCCCAGUUUCGCCAACAACAUCCCUUGACAUUCCACUGCCAUUACGAGCCAUACUUGAAGCGGAUUGUAGAAGGUGGAGAGGAUAAUGUGUUGAUUGAAGGUAAACCCCUGAGACUCGGUCUGACCUCAGGAACGACGGGCCAGCGGAAGAUGAUUUUGACUUCCAAGAGACGCCUCCUCCUGUUCAUAUUGAAGUUUGUUCCCAUCGGCCAACGCAUACUGCGGAGGAGUAUUCUGCCAUCAUUCUCACCUCUCCUAAAGACAUGCUAUCUCUACGUCCACACUCAACCAAGUUACCCCCUUCCUGGAAUCUCAAUGGGACCAACGACAAUGCUAAACCUACCCGAUCUUCUCUAUCGCCUCCAGUACAGCACCCCUCCUGCCGGUAUGCGACUGACCAAUGAGAAGCAAGCUACUUACGUCCAUCUGCUCUUUGCCCUUCGAGAUCGUGACCUUCAGGCCAUCUUUGCCAUUUUCGCAGCCUCUCUAUAUUACACCUUCAAGAUCCUGGAGGAGGAGUGGCCUGGUCUUGUAAAUGACCUUCGUGAAGGUCGUAUCAGUGACAGCAUCAACUUGGCUCAUGAUGUCAAAAUCACCUUGGAGAAAGAGCUGCAAGCAGAUCCAAAGAGGGCCAAUGAGUUAGAGGCAGAGUUUAAGAAAGGCUUUGAUGAUAUCGCAAGACGUAUUUGGCCGAGAAUGAGCAGCUUGUGGGGAGUGACCUCAGGGUCAAUGACAGUCUAUGAAGAUAUCCUCAAGGUCAAGUACAUUAAAGAUCUUCCCGUUGUGUCCAUGAUCUACAACUCCACAGAGUGUCUCCUCGGAGUUCUGCAUGGAGGAGCCAAGAGGACAGAAUACAUCACAUUCCCUGCAGAUGUCUUCUAUGAAUUCAUUCCUUUUGAAAACUGCUCCCAGGAUCAGCCAGAUACCCUUCUAGCUGAAGAGGUAAUGGUGGGUUCUUACUACGAGGUUGUCAUCACAAGCAUUGAUGGCCUGUAUCGUUACCGAAUGGGAGAUGUCGUCAGAGUGACUGGUUUCUACAACAAAACACCUCUUCUGGAGUUUGGACACAGGGUUGGCGAUGUAUUAGACAUACACGGGGAGAGAACACCAGAGAUAACCAUCAAGGCUGCCCUUCUACAAACUCUGGACAACCAUGAUGCCUUCCACCUUGUGGACUUCACAUGCCUAGAAAGCGCUUUGCUGAGAGAAUGCCAAGGUGAAAGUGAUCAAGACGUUUCUGACCGUUACAUAGUAAUUGCUGAAGUAGAUGUGAUGGUCAAUCAAAUGGAGAAUCAUACUGAACUGAAAAAGAAUUUUCGGCUGGCAUCUCACGUUGACGUGGCACUCUGUGAUCUAUCAAGCGCAUACUCGAAUUGCCGAGCCAAGGAACUUCUUCAACCCCUCCAGCUAAUCCUUGUUAGACCUGAUACCUUCAGAGAGUUUAGGGUUCUCCUCUCCCGUCGGUCACAUGGCUCUACCAUGCAGGUCAAGGUUCCCAAAGUAUUGAGAACCGAAGAGUUUACCCACUUCCUUGUACAAAGAAAAUUGGUAGCAUAAAUGAUGUAAGUUAUAAGAAAGUUUGAAGUUGAACUACAUUGCAAUCAAGUUGUAUUGUAAAAAUAGUAUUCCGCUUUUAUAUGGCGCUUAAUACAUCUACGAUGUCUCUAAGCGCUUUACAAAUAUACUAUUACCUGGUCAUUGGAUUCAAUGCUUGGCCGCACACAUUGUGUGCACAAUCUCCACUCCCUGGGGAGUAUUCCAGCCAGGCGUUACUUGACACUUAAAACUGUUUGACCAACAAUGACGGUCAACCAGUUAUAUCUAUGCAAUUUUUAUACGCAAUUUUACAAGGAUUAUGCAAUCUAACAAUGGCAUUUGAAAUGCCUCACUUCUAAGGACUAAAGCCUUGUUCGGAUAUAGGGUGGCAAAACCAUGGCGUUUUGUUAUGAUUACGUAAAGGGUAUCAAAUACGCUACUCAUUUUUGUAUCUUAUAGUACAGAGCUUACUGAAUAUAUGCAGCACCUUUGUUUUGUGCGCAGUUGUUAUUCAUUGACAUUUUUUUUUUAACAUGGCUUUUUGGCGGCAGUUUACUACACAAUAUCUGAACGAGCUUUUGAAUUUGAAGACCUCAAGGGGCUGCAUUUUUCCACUUUGUCUUGUAUUUCCAUUGAACUUUUCUUUUAGUCAAUAUACAUGUAAGUUGUAAGUAUUAUAUUGAUAAUUAAAAACUUCUAGUGCAUUUUGUCAUUCUACAGAUGAAAAUUAGUUACUGUUAGUAUGAUUUCUGUUUUAUCUUGUUGAAAUUGAAGGUAAGUAGUAGCAAAGUCAGAUUCUAAUUGCUCAAAUCAUUUUAAAGGUUAGUUGCCCAUAUCAUGGUACAUGAAUUAAACCAGAUGCCUGGUUAAAACUUGAUUUAAAUGGAGUAUACCAAACAACUGUUUUUUAUAAACUCAACAUAUUCAAGCGUAAAUAGCCUAGUAUGUGUAAAACAUGUUCUAUUAGAUAUGUAUAUGUAUAUAUGGUUUGGUUGUUAAGUGGGGUUAAGUUAUUGUGGAUGUUAUUGUUUUCUUAAUCAAUAACAAGUUCAGAAUGAAAUGUGUUUGGAUAGUGGGUGAGUUUGCAUUUUUGUAUUAAAGUGAGAAAAAUGUCCUGAUAUCUUUUGGAUUCAUUAAAAAGUUUGUUUUUAAUUCAGAAUACAACCCUAGAAUACUAUAGCGUGUGUGUUUAACCCAAGACAAAGUGCUAUGCCUUUGAAUUGUCCAUUAUUUGUGAAGCUACAUUUCAUAUAAUAAUUAUGUAUACAUAUACAGCAUUUUCCAUAAACAUGUUCAAAUGCACAAAUACAACUUAAUACAGGGUAUUGUAGUAUUCUUUGCGGCUUAUGUAUAAUGAAAAUACAGGGUACUUAUUAUGUAUUCCAAAGUGCAAAUUUUUAUAUUGGUAAUUGAACUGGUAUAUUUUGCAUUCAAUUUAGUAUGGCUUUUCAAUUUCAAUAGCAUGACAUUAUGUACCUGGGAAUUGCACAAAUUAUCAAAAACUUAUCUUGUUUUUAUUUUGUUGCUGUUUGCAUUUACUUCCUGAAUGUGCUUUCAAAACCUGGUGCUAUAUUUAUACUAAUAACACAAAGAAAGGUUAUGUGAAUGUUUAUGUACAUAUAUUGUUAUUACAAAUGCAUGACCUUGUGGCAUGGUAAAACGUCAAAGCACAACAAUUUUUAUUAUGAUGAAUUGUUGACAUUUUAUUCCAGAGUGAGCUUGCAAACCUUGGUGCUAUUAUAUGUUUGUUGUAGUAAUAAUAAUAGGAAGAAAAGUAAUAAACAUUGUGUAAUUUUGGAAAUUGUGCAAGAAUGAUCCUCAUUUAACACAGUGAAUUUAAUUAUCUUUUGUCAACAUUUGUGAAUAAAGAUGAUGGCGCAAUCCCGGUUUGCUGAACAUAGUA